ACGUACUGCAUAGCGGGGAAUAAUUUAUAAAGCCCAAGGAGACGAAUUUACGACGUUCCGCCUUACGACUGUUUUCAUGGUUGCCUAGCAGCAGCAGAACAAGGGGAACACAAGAUGGCUAGGCAGUUUUAUAAAUAAGUUCAGCACUAGCUCAUUUGUACAAAAGCACAAAGAUGCCUCCAGCCGCGGACUGGAAGCUGCUCAUGGGGGUAGACCCAGAAGAUCUGGGAGAAGAUGAUGAGAAAAUCUGUGAUUUGAUUUUGCUGGUCAAAGCACGGGACCUGAAAGCAGACGAUCCAGAGAAAAUAAUUCAGCUCUUUAGAAUCUCACAAACACUACUGAGGAUGAAACUGGAUGAAAUUAAAUGUGCCUAUGAGGUUGUAGACAGCGCAGGUGUGGAGCAAGCAAGAAUUGAAAAUGAGCUGAAAGCCAAAGUGCUAAAGCUGGAAGGUGAGCUAGAGAUGGCCCAGCGCGUGAUGGGAGGGGGAGACACACGUUUCCUCCGGGAUGAGAUUCACCAACUGGAGAGUCACCUGGAGCGCAAAGAGAGAGAGGUGACCCAGCUGGAGAAGGAAAUGGGCAAAGAGAGGAAAGCCAAUGAAGAGCUGGCUCUCCGUGCUGAAGAGGCAGAAGAAAAGAACAGGAAACUAAAAAGAGAGAUAAAGCAGCUUGCAAAGAAGAACGAGCAGCUGCAACAGGAUGUGGAGUUCUACAGAAAGGAAGCAGAGCAGAGAGAGCCUCUUCAGACCAAAGAGGAGAGCAAUGAGAUUCAGAGGAGACUUACCAAAGCCAACCAACAGCUCUACCAGUGCAUGGAAGACCUGCAGCAUGCCGAGGACAUGGCUGCCAACCUGAAGAGCGAGAAUGAGCACCUGCAGAAGAAUUUGGAGGAGUCUGUGAAGGAGAUGGAGAACAUGACCGAUGAAUACAAUAAGAUGAAGAUCGCAGUCCAGCAGACGGAUGCCAUCAUGGAUCAGCUGAGAAAAGAGAGAGAUCAUGCCAAGCUUCAGGUCAGAGAGCUAAAUGAACAAAUCCAGGCUCGAGUUGAAGAGGACGACCCAGUGAUGGCUGCUGUAAAUGCCAAAGUGGAGGAGUGGAAGAGUGUUUUAUCAGGGAAAGAUAUGGAAAUUUUGGAGUAUCAGCAGAUGAUCAGAGACUUGAGGGAGAAACUUCGAGCUGCUCAGAUGGACUCUGACAAAAGCAACAUUAUUGCACUGCAGCAGGUCAUAUAUGAACUAUGUGGCGCCGUGCAAGAGAGGGACAACCAGAUCAAGAUGCUGUCCGAGCAAGUCGAGCAGUACACAACAGAAAUGGAAAAGAAUGCUGUGCUCAUUGAGGACCUGAAGAAACCACUUAAGAAAGAUAAAGGUCACGUCAGCGUGCAGCAGCGUAGGUUGGAAGACUUGAGCACUAAGCUCCAGGAGGCUGAAAGAAGAGCUCUGGAGGCUGAGCGUGCCGCCCAAUUGGCUGAACAUGAUGCCAGGGACAAAGACAAAGAGCUUAAUGACACCCUCAGUCGAAUCCGUCUCUAUGAGUCUGGGACAGAUGGUUUGGAAGCUGCCAUCACUGAGAUCAAAGAAUGUAAAAAUCAAAUCCGAGUGAGAGACCGGGAAAUCGAAUCCAUGAUAAAAGAGAUAAACCAGCUGGAGAUCAAAAUCAACAACCUGCUAGAUGAGAAUGAAGACCUACGAGAACGCCUUGGAUUAAAUCCAAAGGAAGAACUGGAUUUGAGUGAAUUCCGCAGAUCAAAGGUUUUGAAGCAGAGACAGUACAAAGCAGAGAACCAGGUCCUGCUGAAAGAGAUUGAGCGUCUGGAGGAGGAAAGGCUCGAGCUGAAACAACGCAUUCGUGCGCUGGUGAAGAACAAAGGCACAUCAGUAGUUAGUAGUUCCCUUCUUGAAGACAAUGUUGAAGAAAAGCCCAGCAGAUCUUUUAGAGAGAGGCUUAUCUCUGGAUCCACAGAUGAAGAGAUGAAACACAAAAAUGAGCGUCUGCAGAAAGAGCUGAGCAACAAAGAGAAAGAACUUGAGCUCAAGAGAACAGAAUCGGCCCAGUUCAAAGCCAGAUUGAAUGAAAUGCUGAAUGAGAAUAAACAGCUGGAGCAGGGCAUGAAGGAGAUCCUGCAGGCCAUCCAGGACGCUCAGAAGAAAACCUCCACAUCCACCGGUGUCAGCAUUCCCAGCCUGGAGAGACUUGUCAAUGCUCUGGAGAUGAAGUACUCAGAGGGAAAGUUUGAUGCAAACCUCCACCUCAGAACACAGGUGGAUCAGCUAACCGGCCGCAACGACGAGCUACGGCAAGAGAUGAAGGCAGCUAGAGAGGAGGCAGCAAGCACUCUCAAUCAGUUAACAAAAGCUAAUGAGAAGAUUGCUCGCUUGGAAAGUGAGGUUGAAGCGGUGAGCAAAUCAACUGGCACUUCUAUCCCUUACAAGUCAUUAGCUCUGCCUGAAGAGAUGACACCAACUAAUGCUGAGGUCAUCAGCACUCUCAACGAGUACAUGGUACAGCUCCUACAGGAGAUCAAAAACAAAGAAGAUUCCAUUGAGCAGCUCAGUUUGGCUCUGGAAGACUUUAAAAGGAAAUAUGCAGUGAUCCGCCAUCAACAAGGACUGCUAUACAAGGAGUAUCAAAGCGAGAGGGAGUCUUGGCAGAAAGAGAGAGACUCUUUUGCCGAACUGAAAUCCAAACUCGAGGAACAAAGGGAGGUGGACACAGUUAAAAUCAAAGAGUACAAUCACUGGCUUGAGGCUCUUGAAAAGGGCCCGAAUGAGAUCAGACGGGAGCUGGCCGAGACAGCCCGCAAAAUGACGGUUCUCCGGGUGAAUGAGAAAUGUCUGACACGACGUUAUACGACUCUGCUUGAGCUCGAGCAACACUUGAGGAAGGAGAAUGGCAAACUGAAGGAUGAUUUCACUCGAAUGGAGGCUGCUGUAACUGAAAGAAUCGGCUACCUGCAGAGGUUCAAGGAAAUGGCAGCCUUUAAAAUGGCCACAUUGCAGAAAUCCCUUGACUAUAGUGUUCCUGCAUCAGAGCUGGAGAGAGCCAACAAACAGUACACUGAGCUCACCGUCAAGUACAGAAACCUCCUACAGAAAGACAAUCACCUUGUUCAGAAGACAACCACACUAGAGCACUUGGAGAAGGAGAAUGUGUCUUUACUUGAGCGCAUUAACUCUAUCAAUAAAGAGCUUGAGAUCAGCAAGGAGAAGCUUCACACUUUGGAGCAGGCUUGGGAAAACAUCAGCACGACUGGUGGGGAGAACAGCAUGGAGAAGGCAGCUAAAGCCCUGGCCAACAGCGAGAUUGUGUCUGUGUCCAGACGCAUCACAACACUGGAGAUGAAGGAGUUAAAUGAAAGGCAAAGGGCCGAACAUGCUCAGAAGAUGUACGAGCACUUGAGGAACUCCCUUAAACAGGUGGAAGAGCGCAACUUUGAGCUAGAGACCAAGUUUGCUGAGCUCACAAAAUUAUACCUGGAGGCCCAGCGGACAGAGCGGGAGCUCAGGGAUGAGCUGGCGGACAGUGUUAGCAAAGACAUCAACGAUGCCGAUCGCAAGCGAAUCACCGAACUGGAGAAAGCAGAUGCAGACCUGCGGAUCGAAGCGUCCAAAUUGCGGGAAGUGUCGGAUAUCGCUAAAAUGCAAGUGUCUGCUCUGGAGGCCAGACAGCAGUCCAGAGAGAAGGAGGUUGAAAGCCUGAGGAGACAGGUGUUGGACUACCAGGCUCAGUCCGAUGAAAAGGCCCUUAUCGCCAAACUCCACCAGCACAUUGUCGCUCUCCAGUUGAGCGAGACCACAGCCAUCAGCCAACUGGAAGCUGCCAAAACACGCCUGCAGAAACGUGAAGCACAGAAGCUCCGAAUCGAACAGCAGAUGGAUGCUCAGCAGCAGGCACUGUGGCAUGCGAGGCAGGAGGGUCACCAGCGGGCCAGACAUCUCCGCCACACCAUCCAGGCUCUCCGCAGACAGUUCUCAGGAGCCCUGCCGCUGGCCCAACAGGAGAAGUUUUCCAACACCAUGCUCCAACUGCAAGAGGACAAGGCACGGGCCAGGGAGGAAGCUCAGAAGGCAGAGGAGGAGAGGAGGAAAGCAGAAGGAAAAGCACAAGAACUGGAGCUAAAGCUGAAGGGGUUGGAAGUGCUCAUCGCAACACUGAAAGAUGCCAAAGGAGCUCAGAAAGUGAUUGAGUGGCAUAAGAAACUAGAGGAAGUUCGUCUGUUGGAAAUGAGGCAGAGCAGAGAGCUUGGUGCCCAGCGGGAAGAGAUCAAAUACCUCAGGAACAUUGUGGCCGAGCAGGAACGCUCCAUCAGUGGCCUGGAAGAGGAGCUGGUGCAGCAGAAUAACCUUCUCGAGGAGCGGCAACUCAUCUGGGAUCAGAGAGAGGUGCAAUUGGAGCGCCAACUCGACACCUAUGAGAAACAGCAGAAUGAAGUCCUAAGCACAGCCCAGAAGUUUGAGGAUGCCACAGGCUCUCUACCGGAUCCAAAUCAGCCUUUAGCGCACCAGUUAGACUACGCUCUAGGAAAAAUCAAAGAGCACAUUCGUACCAUCCUUGAGACAAAAGCCACCUGCAAAAUUCUGGAAGAGAAGCUGAAGGAAAAAGAAGCUGCUUUGUGGACAUCGGAACAAAACGUCUUAUCCAGAGACAAAGUGAUCAAUGAACUGAGGCUUCGCCUACCUGCAGCUGCUGAGAGAGAGAAACUCCUAGCUGACCUGAGCAAACAAGAGGACUCUGACAGCCAGCCCACCCUGAAGGUCGCCCACCAGACCAUUAAUAACCUACAGGGGCGUCUGGAUCAGAAAGAAGAGGUUCUCAAGAAGUACCAGAACCUGUUAGCAAAGGCCCGUCAGGAGCAGGAAGAGAUUGCCAAAAGGCAUGAGGAAGAGGUCAGGGCCCUGCAUCAGAAACUGGACGUCUAUAUGGACACAUCACUGGACCGUUUCAAACAGACCGCUCUGGAGCUAAUGAAGAAACCCACCAUCACUGUACCGACCAAUAAGCACUUAGUGCGGUUGGCAGAAAUGGAACAGACGGUGGCCGAGCAGGACAAUUCGCUCUCCUCACUGACCCACAAGCUGAAGGUCGUCACCACAGAGCUGGACCAACAGAAACAGGUGACUGCAGCACAAGCCAUGGAGCAGGCUGCAGAAAUAGCCAGACUUGAGGAGAGACAUGUUGCCCAAACGAAGGGUCUGUCCCAGGAGGCAGAAGAGCUGAGAGCUCAGCUCAUUCAGAUGGAGAAAGAGCUGCAUUACCUCCGCACGGAGCUGGAGGCCCAGAAGGAGGCUAAUGUCAGGUCGCCAUCCAACACCAUGAAGAACCUCAUGGAGCGGUUGAAGACUCAGUUGGCCCUGAAGGAGAAACAGCUGAAGGCUCUCAGUAAGGCUCUCUUGGAGCUUCGUGCAGAGUUGACAUCUCAAGCAGAACAGCAGAUCAUCGCCAAUGCUGCUCAGAAGGAAGAGGCCCUCAAUGUUCAACAGAUUGUCGACAAGCAGACCAAGGAACUAAGGGCACGUGUAAAGGACCUUAAUGAGGAGCUCCAGCUGGCUAAAGAUGGCGUACGAGCAGCAAAAGCCAGAGAAAACUCACUGAGGGAGGAGCUGGAGAACUUAAACAAGGAUCUGCAGAGGAGCCAGAAAACACAGAACAAGCUGCAGAGUGAAAAAGAGACUCUGGAGGAUCAGCUGAAUGAGCUGAAGAAGAAGAUCCAGAGACUCAGCAGUGGCCUACAGUCUCAGGUCGAGAGUGAUGGACCCACAGUUGAAGCUCUUCAGAAGAAGAUCCGUAAGUUGGAGCAGGAGCUGGACAGGAAUAGCAUCUCGGAGCCUGCAGACAAGAGGAGCGUCUUGAAGGAGGACAAGUCCUUCAAAGAGGAAAUCUUGAGAUGGGAGGAAGGUAAAAAGUGGCAGGCCAGGGUGGAGAAAGUGCGGAGCGUUCUCAAAGAGAAGGAGAAAGAAGUGGAAUCUCUGUCUAAACAAUUAACAACAAUCAAAGAGCUUUACAGCAGGUUGGAGCAGGAGAAGGUGGGUCUCCAGAAGAAACUAAAGGGCAGAGGAGUGUCUGCAGAUCAGGUAGUUGGAGCACGGACCCUCGAGGCUGACAGAGAGAUUGAGGAGCUACAAAGAAGGAAUGCUGAAUUGGAGCAGCAAAUGAAAGUGAUAAAGCAGCAGCAGGCUUUGCCCCGUGAUGCCGCAAUUGAGGAUAUCACCAUCAGGAACCGUUAUCUUGAGGAGAGGCUUCACUCCCUGGAGAGUCAACUGUCCAAAGAAUCUCCAUCCAGACCAUCUAAAAAACAUGUGGCAUCACCGCCUAAGCUCAGUUGGUCCUCAAAAGUUGUUCAUUCCAUGACUUUCGAUAUUAGUGAAGGUGAAAAAACUCGGUCUUCAUUAGUAAAUGACACAAUCCCUGGAAAGGAAGUAGUCCCUGAAAAGGAAAUAGAAGUUACAGAGGAUAAAGCAACUCAGACUUCAUUUAGAAGCAUGAGUGAAGCAAAAGUGAGUCAAGAUGAGGAAAAGACUGUAGGAUACAGAGAGCUCCAGGAACAAAUCAAGGCAGCAAAUACUGAUAAUGUUGGAGAGAGAGUUGCAGAUGUAGAACCAGAAGAUCUGUUCAAUGACAACAAAAGUGAACAGGAAGAAGACAACAAAAAAGAGGUUGAGAAAGAUAUAGAGGAACCAGAUGAGAUUCAAGGAGGACAAGAGGAAGAUAUAGUAGUGGCUGAACGUGCACAGGAAGAAAUGAAUACUAAUGGAGAUGCAGAAGAACUAGAUUCUGGACUGACAUAUCAAGAGAUCACAGAUAACCCUCUUGAAGAAGAUCAGCUGGAAAAUGAAAAUGCAAAUGCAGAAGAAAGCAGGACUCAGACAGAGCCAGGGAUAUUAAAACAGGACAGAGAUGAGGAGCAAGAACCUGAAGAACAACAUAUCGAGUCUUUGAAAUCUGACGGUGAUCCAAGCCAAAAGGUGAAAACAUCUGAAGGAUCUAAAGAGCUUGAAGAAGAAGAAGAAGCAGCACUCGGCACAGUUGAUGCCAAACUAUUGCCUGAAGAACCAACAAUAGACAAGAUCACGUCCUUCAUCGCUGAGGAAGACGUAGACCAUAUUUUAAAUGAGAAUGUAAAAUGUUCCCUCACUAAGGAGUUGAACACAGGUGUUAUUAAAACUCAACUUGAUGUCUUGGACAUUCUUGGAUCUGUAGAAUCAGAGGUCAUCAGCUUUAAUGACAAAGAACAGAGAAUGAAAAGCAAAGUGAAAACUCGAAAGCAGACGUCUGGCCGUGGUUCUGGUACGCCAUCUCAAAGAGAACAUGAGCUCCAAAAAGAAAACCUCAAGUUGUCCACACAGAUCCUGGAGCUUCGAUUCCAACUGGAGCAAGCAAACAAGGACCUACCUCGAUUAAAAGAUCAGGUGUCUGACCUCAAAGAGAUGUGCAGUGUUUUGAAGAAGGAGAAAGCUGAAGUGGAGAAGAGGCUCAGCUAUGUUCGUGGGUCUGGGCGCAGUGGGAAAACCGUACCUGAACUGGAGAAGACCAUCGCACUGAUGAAGAAGGUAGUGGAGAAAGUACAGAGAGAGAAUGAGAGCUUAAAGAAGACAUCAGAGGCCAAUGUGCAGGAGCAGCUUGCUACACUGGAACAAGACCAUGAGAAACUUAAGUCAGAAAAUGAAAAGCUGAAACGAAAACAAGAGGAACAGUUAAAAGCAAGACUUGAGUCAAAAACCAAGGGCAUUGAGAAAAUCAUGAUGGAAAAUGAACGCUUACGUAAAGAUAUUAAAAAGGAAGCAGAAGCUGCAGAAAAGCUGAGGGUUGCAAAAGCCAGCCUUGAAGUAGCCAAUGAGAAACUAAAGGCAGAGCUUGAGGAGACCAGUGAGAGGCUCUUAUUAGCACAGUCGAAGGGGCCGUCUCUAGAGGGGGCAGACAGCAAGACCUGGAAAUCUUCAGUUGUGUCCAGGUUAUUUGAAAACAAGAUGAAAGGUCUUGAGAGUGAAAUCACUAAGAAAAACUCCAGCAUUUCCGAGCUGAAGGUACAGUUGAAAGAGGCGAACGAGAAACAGCAGGCCACACAACACACUGUCAGCCAGCUAAAGGAACAAGUGGAACUGCUUAAAAACAUCCCUUUGGAAGCCACCACAGAUGAAGGCCUUGCCAGAGAGUAUCAGUCCCAGAGACUGGCCACUAAACAACUUGAGAGGGAAAAAGCUCAACUUCUUCGCCAGAUUCAAUGGUACGAUGAGCAGUUUGGAACCAGCAAAGCAGGACCAGGAUACAGAGAGCUCCAGGAACAAAUCAAGGCAGCAAAUACUGAAAAAAAGAAGUUACAGGAUGAAGUGAAAAAGCUGACCAGAGAGCUGGAAAACUUUGACCCGACAUUUUUCGAGGAACUUGAGGAUCUUAAGUACAAUUACAAUCUGGAGGUGAAGAAGAACAUCAUCCUGGAGGAGCAGCUGAAGAAGCUGUCGGAUCAGUUUGGCGUAGCAGUUCCCAUCGACGUGUCUAUCAGCUAACACACAUCAGAUCGUUUGUCAGGUCAUUCGGUUUUAUUGUUACUGCUCAGUUAGAGCCUAAUAUGUACAAUGUUAAUGUGCUUUAUAUUCAAGUACCAUUAAGCUACAAUGUUUCAUAAGUAGGUUGUGUUUUUGUAAAAUAUUAUAACAUAUGAAGUUAGGUUUUAAAACAGUUGUGAUUUAUGACCUCACGAGCAAGAACUGAAACUGAAAGGGUGUAUUAUCUAUCAAUCACUGCCUCAUUUUUGAGACUCUUUAGUUGUAAUAAAUGGCGAUCAAUGUCAA